AGAUUUGUUGAUUAAUUAAAAUCUAAAUUAAAUUUCUAUAAAAGUAGAACUAAUAAAAUGAGGUUUGAUAAAAAGAGGGGUAGAAGCUAAAAUGACCGCAAUUAUUCAAGUGAAAAUAAGUUUAAAAGGUAAAAUAACUUCGAUUACAAAUCUUAAAGCUAUUAGAACAAUGCUUAACUAAGUAGAUCUUAUUCACAAAAAUCAGGAAGAAAAAAUAUGAGCUAUGAGCCUUAAGCAAGAAAUACUAAUAGAUCUUCUUCUUCUUCAUCAUCAUCACUAAACGACUAGUAGUUUAAUAGGGAAUCCCAAUUCUAUGAAAGAAGACUUUUGUAUGAGUUAAUGGACUAAAAUAAAAAACAAAAUAAACAUUUUAACAGCAUGCCUUAGCAAAGAUAGAAUGAAAACAAAGUAGAAAGAGACAUAUUUAGGGAGAGGAAGAACAUUUGUACUGUCUAGACUGAAAGAAGUUAAACUUAAAAGAGGAAUGAGUAAAUUUAAGGUAAAGGAUAGAUUAAAUAGCCUUUUUACGAUACAUCAGAUCAUAGAAACUAAAAACAUUUUACGCAUGACAAAUAACAUACUUUAAGGAAAAAAGAUUAGAAUAAUUUUAUUGAAAAUAAAAUACCUUUUUAGCGAGAUAUCCUUCAUGUAGAAGAUUAGAAAGUUGGUAUUUUCAUAGUUGAUGAGCUAGGCACUAAGUUUGUUAAAGAAGAAAGUGAUGGUGCUUAUAUAAAGGAUCGAAUUUUUGUUAAUGAAAAUAAAACUUCAAGAGCCAUUCAUUCUAGCAGAGUUAUUUUUAAGAUCAUUUAGUCUAAUUAAAAAGGAAACAACAAAACUAUAAUAGAAUAUGAGCAUUAAAAACCCAAAUGUAAAAAGGCUUAAAUAUUAGAAGUAAUCAAGUAUCCUGAAAAUUUAGAUAAUUUAGUUGGAUUUUUUGGAGAGUUUUCUCGUUUGCCUGAAAAACCAGAAAUAGAUUUUGGAAUAAAAAAUAAAUCAUUUAAUUAUUAAAAUAAAGAAUUAUUUUAUUUUUAUCCUUUAGAUAAUAGAUACCCUAAAAUGAUUUUAAAAUUAAAAAAUGCUUAGCACCUAUAUCCUGGAGGAGAACUCUUUAAGAAGUAUUUUAGAGUGAAGUUCCUUGAAUGGCCUGAGGAAUACACUGAAUAUGGGCCUUUGAUUGAGAUUUUGGAACCUUUAGGUUAUCUUUAUGAUGAGGUUAGUGAUAUUCAAGCACUUUUUUACUCUUAUAAUUGUAAUUUUGAAUAAAUUCAAUCAGAAGAACUUUAUAUUCAAAAGGCUAUUGAACAAUACAAGCAUUUUAUUAAUAAUAAAAACGAUUAUUAAUUGUACUAGAAUGAAAAAAUAUUUACUGUUGAUUAAAUUGGUGCAUUUGCAUUUGAUGAUGCGAUUUCAAUAGAAAAAAUUUCUCAUUUAGAGUUUGAGAACCAGAAAUAAAAGCAUUUCUCUCUCUAUAAAAAUAGUCUUUCUUAAAAUUCACAAGGCUACUGUUAAGAGAUUACAAAAAUGAUAGAAGAUUAAAAUUAAAUUAAUCCUUGCAAGCAAUCUUAUUAUAAAAUAGGUGUGCAUAUUACAGAUUUCUCAAUGUGCAUAGAAAAAGGUACAGUCUUUUUUUAGGGAUUAGAAAAUAGAAAAUAAAGUAUCUAUUUAGAAGUAAGUGAAGGUAAACAAUUUGUUAAGCAUAUGCUUCAUAGAGAUUUGAUUGAUCAGUUUUCUAUGAAAAAAGGUGAAUUAAGACUUGCAAAAUCUAUCUUUUUUUGUGUGGCGAUUGAUGAAUUUAAUGAGUUGAAAGUUGAAUGGGAUUCUUUGACAAUAGAAAACACAAAAAUCAUUAUAUAGCAAAAUUAUUUUUACAAUGAGUUUGAUCAUCUUUGUAAUAUAGAUAAAGAAAUUUAUAGCCUAUAUAAAGAAGAAUUUGAUUCAGACUUAAAAUACUCAAAUCAAAUAUUGAAUGGUUUUAACGAAAAAACUUUAAUAAUUACGUAGGAAGAAGCGUAAGUUUUGCUAAAAGUUGGAGCACAUCUAUUUAAAUUAAGAGAAGAAAAAGGCUAAAAGGCUUUUCAAAGUGAUAAAACAAAAACAAGUAAAAGAUUCAUUAGCUCUAAAAUGAUUGAAGAGUUAAUGGUUUUAUAUAAUUAAUCUAUUUCAAGAUAUCUUCAUAUUUUGCAUCAUAUUAAUAGUAAAUAAGGAGAUAUUAAAAAUAAUAUUAACUUCCUAAGUGUCUAAUUAGAAAAGAACAUCAGUUUGAUCAAGAAAAAUAAAGCUUUGCUUUCACAAAGUCUAUAUAACUUACAAAGAAAAUAUUUACUAACAAAAAAUAAUAUUUUGUACUUUGAAAUACUUGAAUUGUAGAAGUCUGAUAAUUUCAAAAAUUUUACUCUAAAUAUUUCAGAUUCAAUCAGUUAAAGCUAAAUUGAUUCAGUAAAUAUUUUUAUGCCAAAAGAUAAUAAAUAAGGAGAUGAAUUAGAUGAGUUAGAUUAUAUGAAGAGCCACAGCGUGGCAAAUAAUAAGAACUAACUACUCUUUAAAUCAGAAAGUGAAAGCUUUAUAAAUAGCUGCAAUUUGCUUGAAAUUAUAACUGAAAGUGGUGAGAAUGAAGAAGAAGAAGAAGAGUUAGUUAAUCCAUUUACUAUUAAAAAAGACUAUUUAAUUUAAAAAGUUGAAGAAAUUAAAAUCUUAAUUCAAAAACUUUAAAAAGAGAUUGAUACAAUAAUUUUGUAGCAAAGUAAUAUUGGUUAAAACAAUAAAAUAAAAAUUAGCUAUUUAAAGUAGGUUGAUUACUUUAAGAAUUAGUGUUUAUAGGUAGGAUUUUACAAUUUCAAGUACUCAACCCUCUAGGAAUUUUAAGCAUCGAUUAGUUUACUAAAAAAUGAUACCUCUUUAAAUCCAAUUAUGAAAAAGUACUUAUUGCACAAAAAAUAAUAAAUUCUUAAUGAUCUUUAAUUGUACUUUUAAAUUUGUCAAAAGGAAACUAAUUAAGUUUAGAAGCUUUAUUUGUAAGUUUAAUAGUCAAAAGAUUAAAUAGCGAAGCUUCUUAGAGAUUAAAUUUCUACUUAAGAAAAUAUAAACAAAAUUUAAGUAUAAGAAAUAUAAUUUAAUCUGUAGAAAUAAUAAGAUAGCAAAAAAAGUAUCUUGAAAAGCAUUAAAAUUUAGAAUGAUAUUAAAGAUGAAAAAAGAGAUGACUUUACUAUAAACGAUUUAACCCUCCCUUAAAAUUAAUUGCUAUCAAAAUAAGAAUAAAAUUAUUUGAAUUUUGAAGAAUGUUACAGUAUUGAAUAAAAAUACUAAUCAUAAAAAGAUAUUAUGUUGCAAGACCUAAACUUAUAUUAAAAUGAAAUAAAUUGCUUGAAUGAAUAAAUUUAGGAACUUGAUUAACAAAUAGAAACCUUAAAAGAAGAUUUUAAGUAACAAGAAAUCUAAUGUUAAAUUAGAGUACAAAAUGACGCAUACGAGCUAUAUAAACUCCUAGACAUUGCCCCAGGGUCAGAUAAAUAUGUUUCAGCCACUAGCCCUCUUAGAAAAUUUAAUGAUCUUAUUGUCUAGAAAUUCUUAAAUCUUUAUUUCCAAGAUAAAUAGAACAUAGAAUUUUAAAAAGAAUAUAGCUAUUUGAUAUUCUAGAAGUAGUAGAAUACAAAACAAAAAAAUGAAAUCAAAAAGUUUAAAGAGAAAAUUGAGAAAUUAAAGACAGCCAGAAACAUGCUAUUUAAGGGUUUUCUAGAAGGAAAGACUAUCUAAAAAAAAGAAACUGUUUUGUAAGUAAAUCAUAUUUAGGGAUUUGAAGAAGGAGAUUGCUACAUAUUUUUUUUACCUGAUGAAAUAUAAUCUACAAGAUUUAUCUCUAAAACUAGGAGUCAAAUUCACUCUAAAAACUUUACUCUAUGGGAUGGAACAAUAGUUGCACAUAAUCACCUUCCCUAUAACAUUUAUUUGGCAAGCGUUUCAACAAAAGAACAGGAUAAAGAUGUUUUUAUAACAUUAAAUUAAAAAUGA